UGGCAGCAUCGGGUAGCCCUCAGUUUCUGACCACAAGUUUCAAAUGACCAAAUGAGAGAAGAGAUAGAGCUCAGCCACUUUGUGAUACUUCUUGAAGGAGAAAAACAAUUGCCAAAAUCAACAUUGAAGAGCAUUGUUGGCGGGUUGAAUAUUCAUAUUAACUGGGGAAAGAAUAGACAACCACGUAGUCUACUCAAUCUUCUCAAACAAAGUUUCUUUUAUAAAGGUGCAAUGCAAUUUGAUAGCAGUCAAGUUCAAAGUCUAUUAUCAGAACAACCUCCUAACUGUUGGGCACUUCCCGUGAUGACACUCACAACCAUUGCCGUUGCCCUUCCAAACAUUGCAAAUCAACAUGUUGAUGAGCUGAUAAGCAGUGUUGAUGAAGGUCUCCAAUAUGCAAGCCAAAUAGAUGUGUUGGACGAGAACCAUGCAUUGAGAUGCACUAAAAAUGCAGCAACUGUUGUGUGGGUGGGAAUUAAGCUUCGUAAGAAGUGGUUGGACAUGGAUCUUGGGGAUAAAAUUAGGGAAGUUCGUUCUACGGGGGAGAUUAUUCAAGGUCUUGCUGAUGAAGCUGAAAGGAUUGUCAAAGAGUUCAGUUCCACAGGAAGUCAAAACCUUGUGGAAAAUCCUCUAUACUGGCCUGUAAAUGUUUUAGCUGCUAAUUCAAUGUACAGAAUCAGCCGGACAAUCCUUUUCUACUAUGGAAAUGGUGAGUACCAAGUUGAAGAGUUGUUUAAGAAAUUAAUUUGCAUUAUUGCAAACAUAUUGGCAGCUUGUCUUACAAACUUGCCGCACUUGAUUGCUACCAAGUGCAUAAACAAUGCGUUUGAGGAAAGGUUCACAAGUGUUGGUAAUGCAGCUAUCCUUUUUGGAGAAACCGAAGAUAUUAUGAAGUUAUUUGAAGAGCGGCAACUUUUAGGCAUUGGUCCAAGUCAGCCAUUAUGCAUUGAUGAAUGGCUUAGAUGGAUGGACAGUGAAACACAAGAUCCAACAGUUUCAACCUCUGUAACUCACAAUGGAGCAUCCUCUACUGUUGAGUCCAAUGAUGAGCUUGUGAUUGUUCCAAUGUAAUCAAUGUU